UUUAAUAAAAAUAUAUCUAUAUUACAAAUUCAAUUAAGAAUUUACUUAAAGGACAUAGCAGUUUGUCGAAAAUGAAAUAUUUUGUAGCUCAUAUUAUAUUACAAAUUGUACUUCAUUACUGUGUGGCUAUUGAUUAUGAUGGUUGGUUGGAUAUCAAAAUAGAACACUCGCUGAAUUGCAAUACAGAAACAUUCUGCAGUCGUGGAAAUAUUUCCUUGAAAAGUAUCAGAUCAGGUACUCCUGUAGUAGAUCAAAUAUUAUUCACUAAACAUCAUAUUGAAGAAAUAAAAGAACUAGCUAGCAUAGAUGGAUUUUACUCUAUAAGAACCUUGUGCUCAUCGCCUGAUAACAAAGAAAUGGAAUUUCUAUCAUCCCUAAAAGCAAAGGCCUUUCUGGAUAGUGGUCUUUCAGAUGUCAUCAAUGUUUGGGUGCUACCAAAUGGAGCUGUGAUGGCAGUUAAUUUCCAAGUUGACAACUCCUCUCAAGCCUUGUCCCUAAGCAAUAACAAAAUACACUCCAAGUUCUAUCUUCGCUAUGUGGAGCAAGCUCCUGUACCUGACACUGCAUCUUAUAUACAAAAACUAGAAAGAGAAAGAGAAGCAAGAGAAAAGGGAGAAGUAAAAGAUAAUAGAUCAUUUUUAGCCAAAUAUUGGAUGUAUAUAGUUCCAGUUGCGAUCUUUGUGAUGAUAUCAGGUGCAACUAACCCAGAGCCUGCAGCUCAAGCUGCACGUUAAAAUACUAGUAUAUGUAUACCAUUAUACCAGCAGAUAACAAGGAUAGAGCUUGUAUAUUAGCAUUGGUGACACUGAAUAUUUAUUAUUAAAUAGUGAAAUGAAAUGAAAUGAAAAAUCUUUAUUGGCCAUCUAGUAUAAGAAACAGAG